CCGCGGUCGUGCGCAGUCGUCCCAUCUGUCAAACUGACAGCCGCGUUCCAAAUUUGAAUUACAAACUGACAUGCAUAAAUCGAUGAAAGUGAGCUGUGUAUCGACUGUAUAAUAAAGACAUUGAGUGAUAUUGAGACAUGGCUUUCGAAGACCGUUGCAGUCCGAAUCAGGCAAACAGUCCAGGACCGGUGGCGAGAGUACCGGCUCCGCACGCAGAGAACUUAGGUACUUAUUGCCAGCCCAGUCAGUACACCUGCACGACAAUUGAACCGAGGUACGAACGCAACACUCCGAUGACGAUCGUCAAGGUCCAGCCUAACUCACCGCCGCCGAGCCCUCAAGAAUACCAGAACUACUACAGACCCGAAACGCCUGAUGUCAAACCUGUUAUCAACCAAGAUUUUGACCCGAAACCAACUCAAAGACAACAACCAGCCUUACCAAUCAACUUCUCAAUCAGCAACAUCCUACACCCCGAAUUCGGUUUAAAUGCUUUAAGAAAAACGAGCAAGAUCGAAGGGCCGAAAUCCGUCGGGCCUAACCAUAGCAUCCUCUACAAACCUUACGAUUUAUCGAAACAGAAUGAUUUCCAGAAGUACAGCUUCGAUUAUUUAAAAUCUAAAGAGCCUGACUUUAACAGAUUGCCUCCGUUGGGUGGUUUACGGCAGACUGUUUCGCAAAUCGGGGAAGUGCAAAAAGAGAAAGAGAUUCCUAAGCCGGUUGAAGCUAAGAGGCCAGAUUCAGCAAGUUCCAUAGUAUCUUCAACAUCCAGUGGGGCCCCUUCCACGUGUGGCAGUUCAGAAGCGAAUGGCCAGGGAAACGCUAAUCUGUGGCCUGCUUGGGUGUACUGCACGAGAUAUAGUGACAGACCUAGCUCAGGACCCAGAAGCAGAAGAAUGAAAAAACGUGCAAUUCCAGAAGAGAAGAGACCAAGAACAGCUUUUAGCGCGGCGCAGCUUGCUAGACUAAAGCAUGAAUUCGCCGAGAACCGCUACCUGACCGAACGCAGACGGCAGGCCCUGGCCGCAGAACUAGGACUGGCCGAAGCCCAGAUCAAGAUCUGGUUCCAAAACAAACGAGCCAAGAUCAAGAAGGCUUCAGGACAGAGGAACCCACUGGCCAUGCAGCUGAUGGCACAGGGAUUAUACAAUCAUAGUACCGCGACUGAGAGUGAUGAAGAGGAAGAGAUUAGUGUUACGUAGGGAGAUGAGGCUCUGUAGUUGAGGAUACCGUAUAGGCAAUAACUAUCUUACUAAAUCAAGAAGGUGGCAAUGCAGCUGAUGGCACAGGGAGUGUACAACCAUAGUACCGCGACUGAGAGUGAUGAGGAGGAAGAGAUUAGUGUUACGAAGGGAGAUGAGGCUCUGUCCUUGAGGAUACCGUAUAGGCAAUAGGAGAGAUCUAGUGACCGCCAACCAACAAGGAACCUUCUGGAUUACAGCUGUGCUGAUGGCACAAGGUUGUAUAAUCACAGUACCGCAACUGAAAGCUAUGAAGAAGAUGAAAUCAGUGACACGUUGGGAGAUGAAAUUCUGUAGUUGAGGAUUCUGUAUAUAAAAUAGAGAAGCUAGCUGUUUGGAUAGCUAGAAUCGCCAUUAUUGUAGAAAAUGGCAUUUGUGACUUUUGUCAAUUUUAUCAAACCGUAUCAACACAUCCAUUCAUUUAGACAUUUUUCUUCUUAGAGACAAAAAAUAAGCAUUUGAUUAAAAAAAAACACAUUGUAAUGGGGUCAAGUUUUUGGUACCUCUCGGUUUGAUUCCCAUAAUAAGACUUUGUACCCAAUCCCAAUUUUUGUUAUUGCUCAUAUUAUUAAAAAACUUCAAUAACGUGUAAACGCUAUGAUUAUUGUUAGUAAUAUUUUGCUGAGGCUUAUUAUAAAUCAAAUAUGUGUGAGUUUAAAACGUGAAAAAUACAAUAUCUUGAUGUAAAUAUCGUUUUUCAGUUUCACAAAAUUAAGUGUAGAAAUAAUUAGUGUUAUUAAAAAUGUUCCUGUGUUUUACAAUUUAAAUAAGAAAAUUAUUUAUUUGUCUCCAUAAUUAUAGUGUGAAUAGUAGGGCUUGUAAUAAUAAAUUAUUAUAGAUAAUAAUACGCCAUCAUACUGAUAAUUAAUAACGUAAAAAAAAACAAUUUGGGAAUUUUCAGUUACGAUAUUUUUUUGGUUUACUUACGCCAAUAGUAGUUUAUAUUUUAGACUUAUACAUAAUGUUGUCUGACUAUUUAAGUAUAUUUUUUAGAAAUUACUUUUAGAUGUCGGACUUUAUAUUGUAAGCUAGUAUAAAACCACAUUUUUUAUUAAAAUCACGAAUGUCAGAUUUUGGCAUUUUUUGGCGAAACCAUUUUUUUGACGUAGUUUUUACAUGAUGCACUGUUUCAUAAAACACAAAAUUUUCGAUUAAAGAUGCGAUACCUAACCAAAUAGUUAUAAGAAAAAACAUUAGAUAAAAUUAUAGAAAAUUAGUCUAUCAACGCAAGUGACAAAAUGUAAAAAAAAGUAUAAAAAAUAAAGCGUAGUUUUAAACGUCAUAUUGUAAAUUAUUCUUAAAAAUAAUCUACGCUUUAAUCUAGCCUGUUUUUUAUGUAAAAUUAUCUGCCAUUACAAAAUCUUGCCUUUUUUUUACAAAAAUUACAUUAUCACUUGUGCCGUUGACUGUACUUUUAUUUUAAUGAACUUAGUCACAUUUCUUCCAUUUUCGUUUGUAAAUAUUAAUUUUAAAUUAUCUAUUGGAUGUUCGGUCUUGACUGUUUGAGUUUUAAGUGUAAAAAGUAAUAAAUUAUAUCUAUGGUUUUCAAAUUA